UCUUAUGGUCAGUUUCACUUGCUGAAUUAAUGUCGCUGUCCCCAAGGAACGCUUCACGUUGACCUACCAGACCAUGGUGCUCCCCAGGGACGUGAACCCGGCGUCUUUGCUGGACUGGUGUACUCUUGUCGUGCUUCUCGGGACGCUUAGCUCAGCCACCGGCCAAGUAUUUGACCCCAGCCGGGACUGUUACGAUUACACUGACGUCAACAAGGUGGACCUGGUGGGGGACAGGUGCGCUGAGGACCAGCACUGCUGUGGCACGUGUUUCCUCAGGUACUGCUGUACCUCGCCUAACUACGGCAUGAACUGGCAGCAACAAUGCCUCAACAACAGAUUACCCAUGUCAUAUCCUACAAAGGGUCCGUACUACCUCCAGCCGUCAGUGCUGGCCGGGGUGAUAGCGGCGUCUGUGGUCGGCGGCAUCAUCCUCAUCACCGGCGUUGUCAUCGUAGUGAUGUGGAGAAAUCAAGUGGCUUGCUUCGACAGGGAACGAUGAUAGACCUUUAUACAGAGACACUGGGAGACGGGGUGCAAUUUUGUGAUAAAACUUUUUUUAUUUUAUACUUGGACUUGGUCCCGAUAACUCGGCUGUCUCCGAAGUCAAACUAUUACUCAAGGCAAUGGCAGUGGAGCAUACCAGAAAAUCAUACUCGGGGUGGAUGGAGAGAGAGCUAUUUUAUUUUUCUCUAAUGUUGGACAAGUCUGGGUGC